CCCGUUAUACCUUGACAGAGCUGGAAAAUCCUUGGCAGUCAGUCUCAUCGAAGCAGCAAGAGAAACUUCGCAUAAUUUCGUCAUUGCAAUGAAAGACGAUUCGCUGAUGGGAAGUAUCAUGUUUUCCAUUAUCUUGCUAUUGUUUGUUGGAACAUUGAACGCAAAACCUGUGGAUUAUGAAGACGUGGCGAAUUUAUUGCCAACAGAACCUCAAACUACGAACGAUACGUUGGCUGCUAUUGUGCAAGAUCCGGUGGUGCAGGAUGCUGUGCAAGAUGCGGUCGGUAAUAGAUCCUUAGAUGGCUUGGUAGUAAAAAAGAAAGUCUUUGUUAUGCCCGCUACUGAACCUAACAAGGUGAUAUCGCAACGUGCGCAGGUUCUCGUCGUUCCCAUGAAGAAUUUAGAAGAUGUGAGAAAAAAUAUAACCGAAACUACAAAUGCGGGAACAGAUGUGAAUGGCUUGGCAUUUACUGAUAUCCAAUCUAUUACCGAAAACGAUGAAGAUGGACAUGAAAAUUCGCAUGAUGAUUUCUACAAGGCAUUAACUGAAGUUUCUAAGACGACACGGAAACCGAUGUUUCCUAUUGAUAAAACACCGCAAGAAAUUCCAUAUCUCGUAGUAAAUCCGACUCAGGAAAUAACACUUCCGGAACAUUCAUCGCCCGCAAUAUCGGUGCCGAUCAUAGCAGUUCUUGAUCCCGCAAAGAUUUCUGAUGAUAAAAUUGACGUACCGAUCAUGACAACAUUAUCAAGAGAUGAUGCAUUAAAGAACCAAUUAGAGAACGAACGCGACGAAAUUCAAGGAAAUGUUCAAGAUUACAUUGAUGAAAACUUAUGGAGUGUGGAUCCCAAUAAUUGGCGUCUCACUUCUUCCCUUUCAAAGAUGCAGGAAUCUUCACUAUACAAACCGACAAUGACCCAAUAUACGAACGAAAGUCCGUUGCCAAUCGCAAUGCCUCGUAUUGAUAUCGCAACACCACUAUUUUGGGCCUCAGAUGCGGAUACUAAUUAUCCUAAAAAUUCAUAUGAUAUGGAUGUCGCUGCAGAUAUUGUUUUCAGACCGCUCUUUAGAUAUCGACAGGAAGCACAAGAGAGAUCUUAUAAAAGAAGCUCGACUUAUCGAAGAUACAAUCCCUAUAAUUCUUAUCCGAGACGCAACUAUCAAUAUAAAUCUCGAUAUUAUUAUUAA